UAAGUGUACGUAAACGACUCAUUUUAAACCACCCUCAGUCUUUGUUUUCUUCCCUCAUUUUCCGGCGACAGUUUCUUCCCCGUCCUUCGCCGCUGCCGUCUCAACGCCAUCCUCCACCGUCAAACCUCAUCAAACUACCCCUCUUUUCGGCGAACUCAGAUUUCUUAUCCGGUGGUCACAUUUGCAGUGAUUAAUAAUACCAGUUGGAUACACAAUUUUCUUGUAAAAGUGUGAGGGAUUCCAGAAAUUGGAUGAAGCAGAAUCAAGUGCUGUGAACACUCUUCCUCUUUUACCUAUUGUAAUUCCCAUUCGUCGUAAAGAAGAAAUUGAAAGAAAAAAAAUGGUGCUGAAGAAAAAUAUAAAAAGGAUGUUGUCUUGGGUGGGGAAGUUAGGAGCAUCUGGUGGAAGCAAGGAAGUCAAGUUGGAUGAUGAGAAGGAUCCACUGAUUUGGUGUAAAGAUGUGGAAAGGCAUGCAUUUGGUGAAUUCUCAUAUGCAGUUGUACAGGCCAAUGAGGUUGUUGAAGAUCACAGCCAGGUGGAAGUUGGUCAAAAGGCCACCUUUGUUGGUGUUUAUGAUGGUCAUGGUGGUCCUGAAGCCUCACGUUACAUCUGUGAUCAUCUCUUCUCUCAUCUCAUUCGUAUUGUUAAAGAAAAAGGAGUAAUAUCCUCAGAAACACUAAAAAAUGCCGUUUCUGCUACUGAAGAAGGAUUUUUAAAGUUGGUUCGUAUGAGUUGUGGGAUAAAACCGUUAAUGGCGGCAGUUGGUUCUUGUUGUUUAGCCGGGAUAAUAUCUGAAGGCACAUUAUAUGUUGCUAACUUGGGUGAUUCUAGAGCUGUUAUUGGGCGUUUGCAUAGGCGCAAGUCCAAUAAGAUUGUGGCUGAACAAAUAACCGAAGAUCAUAACGCGUGUAUGGAUGAAAUAAGACAAGAGCUUAAGAACAAUCAUCCGGAUGAUCCACAUAUUGUUGUUAAGAAACAAGGCGUGUGGCGUAUCAAAGGCAUUAUUCAGGUUUCAAGAAGCAUAGGAGACGCAUACUUGAAGAAGCCGGAAUUUGCUCUCGACUCAUCUUUCCCACGGUUCUACCUUCGUGAACCCAUCCGUCGACCCAUUUUAGGAAACGGGCCAUCUUUGUACAAUAGAGAAUUGAAACCGGAUGACAAGUUUAUCGUGUUUGCAUCGGAUGGGUUAUGGGAACAUAUGACAAAUCAGCAAGUUGUUGAGAUUGUUCACAAUAACCCUAGAUCAGGUAUAGCGAGGAGGCUUAUAAAAUUAGCAAUAAACGAAGCUGCUCGUAAAGGGAAGAUAAAGUAUGAGGAAGUUAAAAGGAUGGAAAAAGGGUCUAGGCGUGGUGUUCACGAUGAUAUCACGGUAGCUGUUGUUUUUAUCGACCAACAAGUAAAUACAAACAUCAAUGAGGCGUCGAUGCGUGGGUUUGCCAACUCAACCACAAAAUCGAGUUUUAGCACCUUGUAACGGGGGUGCAUCAUUCGAUUAUUGACAUGAUCAACACAAAACAUUGAGUUUUAGGAUGAGUCUCAUCCUUUUCGUAUUCUAACACUGGAAUUAUUGUCUUCAUCUUUUAGUUCCACAUUUUUUUGGUUAUUUGUUUCAAUAAAGUGACUAUAUCACUAUUAUUCCUUUA